CUUCAAGCUAGUUACAUUAUUUACACACACUAACCAAAGAAAGUAGAGGAAAUCCAUCUAUAUUGAGGAAAUGGCUAGUGAGUUUAGGCUAUUUUCUUUGGGUUUUCUGUUGUUUAUAUUGGUUAAUAAUGCAAUAUGUCAAGAAGAAGAUGGAACGAGGAAUGCGUUGGUACCAGCCAUGUUUAUAUUUGGUGACUCUUUGAUUGACAAUGGAAACAAUAAUAAUUUGCCUUCUUUAGCAAAGGCUAAUUAUUUUCCUUAUGGGAUUGAUUUUAAUGGUGGCCCUACUGGUCGUUUCUCCAAUGGUUACACUAUGGUUGAUGUAAUUGCUCAAUUGCUUGGAUUACCCCUUAUUCCACCAUACACAGAGGCUUCUGGAGACCAAAUGCGAUUUGGAAUAAACUAUGCCUCAGCUGCUGCUGGGAUUCUUGAUAUUACUGGCAGAAACUUUGUUGGGCGUAUUCCAUUCAAUCAACAAAUCUCAAAUUUUGAGAGCACAGUUAACCAAAUAAGAAGCAAUCUUGGAGUAUCAGAUGUAGGAGAGGCAUUAGCCAAAUCUAUUUUCUUUGUUGGAAUGGGAAGCAAUGACUACCUUAAUAAUUACCUUAUGCCUAAUUAUAAUACAAAGAAUCAAUAUAAUGCUCAACAAUUUGCCAGUCUCUUGGUUCAACAGUAUAAUCAACAACUUAUGAGAUUAUAUAAUCUUGGAGCCAGAAAAUUUGUGAUUGGUGGAGUUGGAUUAAUGGGGUGUAUUCCAAGCAUUCUUGCACAAAGUCAAAAUGGUGCAUGUUCAGAUGAAGUGAAUCAACUUGUUCUUCCAUUCCAUAACAAUGUUAGAUCAAUGCUUAACAACUUUAAUACCAAUCUUCCUGGUUCCAAAUUUGUUUAUAUUGACAUCAGGAAUAUGUUCCAAGAUCUCCUUACCAAUUACAGACAAUAUGGAUUUAGUGAAAUAAAUAAUGGAUGCUGUGGAGUAGGGAGAAAUAGAGGGCAAAUAACAUGUCUACCAUUCCAAACACCAUGUCAAAAUAGGGAACAAUUCAUAUUUUGGGAUGCAUUUCAUCCAACUGAGGCAGUUAAUAUCUUGUUUGGAAGGAAGGCUUUCAAUGGUGGUCUUGAUGUUGUUUAUCCCAUCAAUAUUCAGCAACUUGCCACUCUUUGAGUUUUUUUUUUUUUUUUUAAAAUUUUAAUCUAUGGAAGAUCAUGGAAGAAAUUAACUUGAAUUUCUUCAGCUUCUCAUUUAUUUGAAGUGAACUUAGUUUUCUUUUUUCUAGUUAAUUUUUUUCUUUUGGGUAUUUUGCUAUAUUUAGUAGAGAAUAUAAUCUUGUGGAGAACCAUGAAGCAGUGGCUGAUAUAUUAGGAAUGCGUUAGAAUAUACAA